GAAAAUGAUGGGACCGUUUUUAUCUUUGUUGAUAAGGAUAUGAAACAAUAAUCUGUUGUAAUUCUUUGAUUUUGUAUGCGUUAAUAGUAUUAUGAAAACUAUAUUCUUGGAUGUUUUUAUUUAAUUAGCUUGUAGAUGUGUGUAUCUUAACAUAACUGUGAGAUUGAAAAAUGGCAGCUCAAAUCAAACCUGGGCCAAGCUCAAGCAAUGAUAAGUUCAAUUCAAACCGCAAGCCUGUAUUAUUGGCCAAACUUGAAGGAUGCAGUGACAAUGUGAACAAGGCCAUCAUUAUUCCGGAAACUGAUGGAGUCAUUAGUGUUUCAAGUGAUCGAUCUGUUAGAGUUUGGUUAAAAAGAGAUUCAGGUCAAUAUUGGCCAAGUAUAUGCAAUUAUUUGCCAUCACCUGCUGUUGAUUUAUUUUAUCGACCAAUAUCUAGACAAUUAUUUGUUGGACAAGAAAAUGGAACCAUAUCAGAAUUUAUUUUAGAAGAGGAUUUUAAUCGCAUGGAGCCUAUAGGUGAUAUUUUAGCUCAUUAUGGCCGCAUAACUGGAAUGAUCUGGACUGAAGUAGCCAUAGAUGGUGCUGUGGAACAAUGGAUUUUAAGUACAUCUCGUGAUAAAAGAUUUCAAUACCAUAAUGCAAAAAAUGGCAAUCCAAUUGGCCCUCCAUUUGUGUGUGCAGCGUGGUGUACAUCUUUGGAAUAUGAUGCUGAGUCAGCUCAUGCUUUUGUUGGAGAUUACUCUGGAAAUAUUACAAUGCUUAACAUAAAGGCUGAUGGGUUACAAGUUGUGACUACAUUGACUGGCCAUACUGCAUGUAUUGAAAUGCUCACUUGGGAUUCAUCAACAAGACGUUUAUUUUCAGCUGGACAUGAUCGUUUAAUUAUAAUUUGGGAUAUUGGUGGAGGUCAUGGCACGGCUUAUGAACUUCAUGGUCAUACUAAUCGAGUAACAUCGUUGGCAUUUGUAUCAUCUAAAAAUCAAUUAAUAUCGGCCGGCGAAGAUUCUGUCUUGGUAUUUUGGGAUUUAAACGCAGAAAGAAAAGAAACACCUCCUUGGGCUGAAUCAGAUAACUGUGAAUCUUGUAGCCGACCAUUUUUAUGGAAUAUCACUGGAAUAUUUGAACGCAAACAAUUUGGUUCAAGGCAACAUCAUUGUAGAGCAUGUGGCCGUGCUCUUUGUGAUAAAUGUAGCCAAGAACAAUCGACCAUACCAUCUAUGGGAUUUGAGCUUCCAGUAAGGGUCUGUAAAUUCUGCAGCAGUAACAUAGAUCAUACACCGCUUGCAACAUUCCAUGAUACUAAGCAUAGCGUAAUGUCAAUUACAAUGGAUUUACAACGGAAAUGUGUCGUGACAGUUGGUCAAGACAGAGUUAUAAAAAUUUGGGACGUGUCAACGCUAUUAUAAACUCUCAUUUGCAAUUUAUAUAUUUAACCAUUGAAUAUUUUAAGGUUCUUUUCUGUACCUAAACUUAGAAAAUGAGCCUAUAUCUAUGCAUUUAUCACUUUAAAAAUAACUUAGUUAAACAUUAAAAAAAAAUAUUGUAUCUAAUGGAUGAUAAUGUUAUUUGUUUAUAAUACAAUAUAAACACAAACACAUAUUCAUAUAAAUAAAUUGAAAACCUAUAAUUUUAAUCAAUUAAAUUAUACCUACUAUUAUUAUUAUAGUAAAUUAGGUAUUUUAUGUCAUAAGUAAAAAUAAACUUAAGUAUGCAAAUUAUUUAAAACCUUUUUUUAUUUAUUAUUACCUAUUGUUUAUUUAUACAAGUUGCAGUAUAUUUAAUAUUUAAUUGACUGAACAAAUUUAAUUUUAAAGGAUCAGAUUAGGCUGCAUUCAACCCUCAACUGUAAAACUGUAUGUUUUGGUAAAUUAGUUAAAUUAAUAAAUUUAAAAAUACAUAACUGAAUUUUUAACAAAUCAUUAGAUAAUACCACGAUUAAAGAUAGUACUACUAUCUUUAAUCAUGGCCCAUGGGUAAUACAUGUAUCAAAAUGAUGAUAUUAAUAAUAAAUUUGUUUAGUACAUUAUAAAGUAA